GGCCUCUCUCCCACUCUCAGGCUCUUUGGACGUCCUACCGUUGUCAAAUAUCGCGGUAACUGCCUCCCUAAUCACUACGUAAUGUGCCGUGCUGCUUCUAGCGGCGCUGGUGACAGUGCUGAAAGCUGUUGGGUAUGAAGUGAAACGGAACUGAAUUUUUGUACCAUCCGCAACUGCUUCAAGUUCAGAUCACCACAAGGAAACCGAAGACAAACCUUCCCGAAACAAGCAAAAGUUGCAACACUGAAGACGCGUAGAAAAACAACGGAUCACUUCCAGGGUUUAAAAGAAGAAAAAAAAACACGAAGCAACCAAAUCCUGAAACGACCAAAGAAGACGCACGUCCGCCCAAUUGAAACCUAGAAGAGAAGCAAUCCUGCGCCCAAGCAUAUUCUGAGAAGACUUAACUGAUCUGAAACCAGAAGUUUGUGCCUACUCAACAGCUUUGACAAAGCACACGUCCCAACGCUGCUCCUAGCCCUCCUCAUCCUCACCACAUCACGACUCACCACCGGGGUGUGGAGUGGGCUGCUAUCUGCUAGUUUUAUUUCCCCCCAUAGUUUCCUCCACCAUUUUUCCCCUUUUCUCUACUCUCACUUUUUUCAUUGUCUUUUUUUUCCCCUCGGCGGUGUUAUUGCACCUGCGUUUGCCUUUUUGUUUUUUGUUUUUUUUGGCACUAGAUUCCCCCCUCUUUUUUUCGCUUUAUGCAACCAUCUAGAACUUGUGCCAGAAACCUGUAACAAGUGUGUGCGUGCGUGUGUAUGUGUGUUCAACUGUGUGCAUGAAGAGAUCUGCAGGAACUGCCUAGUCAACGAGAUCCUGAGAAUUACAAGAUUCAAGACAACGAAGAAAGAUGAGUUUUGACCCAGGCAUGCUCCAUAACAAUGGGCACACUGCGUAUGCUAACGGCACGGGGCCCGGCAUCCGAGAGACUGGUGUGGUGGAGAAGCUCCUGACGUCGUACGGGUUCAUUCAGUGCUCUGAACGUCAGGCGCGUCUCUUCUUCCACUGCUCCCAGUACAAUGGCAACCUGCAAGAGCUUAAAAUAGGAGAUGAUGUAGAGUUUGAGGUAUCCUCUGACAGGCGCACUGGCAAGCCCAUAGCAGUGAAGCUGCUAAAGAUAAAGCCAGAGGUGCUGCCAGAGGAGCGCAUCUCGGGCCAGGUGGGGCCAGACCUGCACGCCUAUCCCUUUACUGUGCUGCAUGGUUAUAUUCAUCCAGUUGUUUCGGCGAUCCCGGUGCACUUGGACGGAAAGUCUGCACCUGGCCAGGUGCCCACUGGCAGCGUUUGUUAUGAAAGAAACGGGGUAAGUGGAGAGGUGUUCUACCUUACCUACACCCCUGAUGACGUGGAGGGAAAUAUCCACCUGGACACAGGCGACAAAGUCAGCUUUUACAUGGAAACCAACAAGCAUACCGGUGCAGUCAGCGCUCGCAAUAUUCAACUUGUGAAGAAAAAGCAAAUGAGGUGCCAGGGAGUGGUGUGUGCUACUAAGGAGGCCUUUGGGUUCAUUGAGCGGGCCGACGUGGUGAAGGAGAUCUUCUUCCACUACAGCGAGUUCAAGGGUGAUCUUGAGGCGCUGCAAGCUGGAGAUGACGUGGAGUUCACCAUCAAGGACAGAAAUGGAAAAGAGGUGGCCACCGAAGUGAGGCUGCUUCCCCAGGGGACGGUGAUCUUCGAGGACAUCAGCAUUGAGCAGUUCGAGGGCACCGUUGUCAAGGUUAUUCCCAAGGUCCCCACCAAAAACCAGAACGACCCCCUACCAGGCCGUAUCAGUUCCCGCAUUGGUUUCAACGACAAGGAGCUGCCGUUCGGCGAGAAGGACACAAAGUCCAAGGUGACCCUCCUGGAGGGAGACCACAUCCAGUUCAACAUCUCCACCGACCGCAGGGACAAGCUAGAGAGGGCUACCAACAUCGACAUCCUCCCAGACACCUUCGACUUCACCAAGGAGACUCGUGAAAUGGGCGUGAUUGCGGCAAUACGAGACGGCUUUGGCUUCAUCAAGUGCGUCGACCGGGACGCCAGGAUGUUCUUCCACUUCAGUGAAGUCCUGGAGGAAAGCCAACUGCACAUCUCAGAUGAAGUGGAGUUCACUGUUGUGCCUGUAGGUCCUGUUUAUAAGCUUUUCACAAAAGACAUGCUGUCGGCUCAGAGGAACCACGCGGUGCGCAUCAAGAAGCUGCCCAAGGGCACGGUGUCCUUCCAUACCCAGUCUGAGCAGCGUUUUAUGGGUGUGGUGGAGAAGGAAGUUGUGGCAACCAACACCAAGAACGCCAGUCCCACCAAGGCCAAGGAAAAGGAAAAGGAGGCCGAGGAAGGAGUGAUUGCGUAUGAAGACUGCGGAGUGAAGCUCACGGUGCCGUACCACAACAAGGACCUAGAAGGAGGAGGGUACCCGCUGGUCGGAGACAAGGUGGAGUUCUCCAUCAACGAAGUGAAGCGCACCGGCCUGCAGAGCGCCGUGUCCGUUCGGGUCCUCAACCGCAACGCCUCCAACGCCAAGAGACUGCUUGGAUUUGUCGCCACGCUCAAGGACAACUUUGGCUUCAUUGAGACGGCAAAUCACGACCAGGAGAUUUUCUUUCACUACAGUGAAAUGUGUGGGGACUUGGAAAACUUGGAGCUGGGCGACACAGUGGAGUACACACUCUCUAAAGGAAAGGGGAACAAAGUCAGUGCUGAGAAGGUUACCAAAGUGGCUGCAGUGAAUGGCAUUAGCGAGGAUGUCGGUGCAACGGUGAUGAUGGGGAAGGUAAUCCGUCCUUUGCGCAGUGUGGACCCCUCCCAGACGGAAUACCAGGGGCUUAUUGAAGUCACGGAGGAAGGUACAACUAAAGGCCAGAAUUAUCCCUUUGGCAUCAUGGGUAUGUCAAACAAGGCCGAUUGCCUGCAGAAAGGGGAACUUGUGAAGUUCCAUGUUUGUACGGUGGCUCAAACUGGACAGAAGAUGGCCUGUAAUGUGGUCCCUCAACGCAAAGCGUUGGUGGAGUGUGUCAAAGACCAGUUUGGCUUCAUCACAUAUGAAGUUGGUGAGAGCAAGAAGCUGUUCUUUCAUGUAAAGGAGGUGCAAGACGGCCUCGAGCUCCAGACCGGGGAUGAGGUGGAGUUCUCCGUCGUCCUCAAUCAACGCACAGGAAAAUGUAGUGCCUGCAACGUACGCAGAGUCAGCGAGGGGCCUAAACUGGUGGCGACUCCGCGUCCGGAUCGACUGGUGAACCGGUUGAAGAGCAUCACCCUCGACGACGCCAGCGCUCCUCGCCUGGUGAUCGUCAGACAGCCUCGUGGUCCCGACAAUUCAAAGGGCUUUAAUGUGGAGCGCAAGACUCGCCAGCCCGGCGUCAUUGACUGAGCAAUACACAGCCCCGCCCUGUUGGCGUUGGCGGGAUGCUGUCCCAAUGUGUGACGGCAGGGGACAAGGGAAAUUUGAUCUGACACAUGCUUGCAAACACGCACACACAAACUCAUACACAAGACGCACACACACACACACGCACGCACGGUCAUCGGCAUGUGUAACAUUUGUCCCCAUUGAUGCCUGCGAGGGAACUUUUUCUCAUUCCACAGUUCCCUGUAUGAUGUACUUGAUGCAGAGUUCCACACUACAUGGUGUCUCGGCGUGUGUGUGUGUGUGUGCGUGCGUGCGUGUUGUUUCCUAGAAGUGAUUAGUGCGUACCGGAGGUAUUUGUUUCUGAGGGUCUCGUCCCUCUAAAUCAGAUGGAUGACUGUUUGAAUCUUUAUUUCUUUUUCUGGAAUUCUGCACCUGUAAUCUGUCCAGUAGUUUGCCUGGUGGUGUCUCAACGUAUUUGAGCAUCUGCUCCGUUAAUUUUAUUUUUUUCUUCUCUCAUAUUUUUGCUCCUUUACCCAUGGAAACUUAAACAACGUUGUUUCAUUGUCAAGUUUCCACUAUUGUAUGCUUUCCUACAAGACUCAUAAAGCAAAGCAAAAGUUCCCUCCAUAAGGAGGAUCAUAUUUCUCAUGUGCGAGCUUAAACUGAAGAUUCUUCUCUGCUCGUUUUUUUGAGCAGUUUUUAAAACGCUUUAUUGAAGAGCUGAAGUGAAAGCAUGGUGUGUGGUGUGUGUGUGUGUGUGUGUGUGUGUGUGUGUGUGUGAUGUAUGUGAACGUCAACGUAGUCAAUCUAAUUCUUUAACCAAUCUGGAGCCUUUAGACACCUUUUUGGUAUUCACAAAUGCUCCACUCAAGCAAUUUUUUCCCAGGUGCAGAAUUCCUUGUGGCAUCUUAUAUCUGCAGUUAUUUUAUACUGUAUUUUUGUUUUUGUUUUAUUGCACAUAUUUUUUUCUUUUUUCCAUUGAAAGUCAAUCUGCUAAUAAUGAAUUGAGUAAGAAUAAGGUGCCUAAAAACCACAAGCAAAAUAUAAUAAUAAUUUAAAAAAAGAAACACAAAAUUAGAUCUUCUGUUCCCAGCCAACCGCCAAAACAUCCAGAACAAUCUUAGGGUGGCUUUAUUUUCUAGUAGAAAUAAUACUGAUGCAUCCCAAACCUGUGGGUUGAACUAUACUGUAUUCUAUGUAAUGUGUGCUGCUUUCUUUUGCUUUUUUUUUUUUUUAUACAUUUCUUUUUAAUUUAAUUUCUUUGCUUAAUGAAAGUUCAUUGAAACUUCAUAUAUAACAAAACAAAUUUAACUUAAAGAAUGACAAAGGUAAAGUAUUAGAAAUUCAGUAAAAAAAAAAAAAGCAUAAAAAAAAAAAGCAUUAAGAAAAAAAGCAUUAAGAAUCAGGAUGCAAGUUAUCGUGCGCUGGAGACAUGGUGGGUGAGCUCUUUGUGCCUCUGCACAUUAAGUUACAGUCGCGGGGGGGAAUUCAAUUUUGGAGAUCACAGGGUUUCUGUUGAACCACAAACAGAGGUUCUCAUGUACUUUUGUUAAUGGUCUUGAAUGAAAACAAUUGAAUUAAAGUUUUAUGAAAAUCC